AUGGCUAAAGAAUCUAAGAAGGUGGAGAUCGUGGGUAAAUAUGGGGUAGAAUUUAUAUAUUAUCUCAAAAAAAAAGAGAUUGAGAUAAGCCACCACACCAAGUACACAUGCUCCUUCUGCGGCAAGACCAAGAUGAAGAAACGGGCUGUGGCCAUUUGGCUCUGUGGCUCCUGUAUGAAAACCGUUGUGUGUGGCACUUGGUUGUACAAUACGACUUCUGCUGUCACAGUUAAAUCUGCCACUAGAAGACUGAAGGAAUUGAAAGACCAGUAG